GGUACGUUGACCAUUAGAUAAAUACAUACUUAUUAUUUCUGUCAUGGCCUCUUUAAUGUUUGCUGUCAAGAAAAUUCAUAUGGAACGAUGAUAGAAGUAGAUGAUCUCAAGGACGGCUGCCGAGAAACUGGACAGAACAGUCAUCAUAGCAAUGAGGUUAUAGAAAUGUAUACUCCACAUGUGACUGAGGACCAUAGCAUGGAUCAUCUAGAACACGAUUUUGAUCCACACGAGAGUGAUGAUCCAGACCUGUCUGUAGGCUCAUUUGACAUAGCAGCAGAGACGGUUGUCACGACAACAAACUUGCCUCUUCAUGACCCAGAAAUCAUUAUAAUCAAUAGCCAAUCAGAGUCCUGUAACGAUGUUGUGUGUCCAUCACUGUUGUUCGACGAUGUUAGAAAUAUCACUGGGUCUGAGUCAAGUGAAGGGGAUGAAAGCAAGUUGAUGCCUGCACCUGUUAUGACAGAAUCAGAGUUAUCUGCCCUUAAUUUGUGCUUAGAACAUACUGAUGCUGCAAGUCAGAGGUCAGCCAUCAACAACAAUGUACAGAACAGUCCAUUUGUUACGCCAGAUGUGUCAGACUGUGACCUUCAGACUGUCCUCUCCCUGGAAGACACAACGAAACGGGAGAGGGCUCGGUUGUUGAAACAGAGGCUGCGGAGGAAUCCUUCAUUCAGAGAAAAAGAAAAGGAACAAGCAAGAGCCAGAAUGAGAAAUAAACGAAAUGACCCUGAAUAUCGGGAAAAAGAACGAAGGAAGGACAGAGAGAGACGCAAGAUUGUACGGCAUGUGAACGAAGAGGCGCGCCAAAGGGAACGUGAAAGAGACAAAGUUCAAAAAAGACUAAAUAGGGAAAACAUGAAAGAAUUAAAACAAUUACAUAGUCAUGAAUCUCUGGUGGGUGUGGCAGACACACUAUAUGUGGAAAACUGUUUUGUUAUAUCAGACUCAAGUGAGCAGGGCUACUGGACAAGUGAACAUGUGAUUGGUUCAAAUUCUGAUUCUAUUAUUCAAUCUGAUUCAAGGACAGAUGAGGAGGAUGGGUCAUUGUUACCAUUGGAUUUUGUUGACAAGGUUACAGUGGAUACAAAUAUUGGAUGACAUUGUCAGCUCAUAUUAAAUUAUUAAAUAAAUCAGUAAAAGAU